AUGAAGACGCUUUUGCUGCCAUUAAAGGUCAAGGAUACAGAGAGCAUAAAUUGGUCGAAGGCGCUAGCUGCAUAUCUCAAAAGGUCAUAUGGCUCCUCCACGUGGAGCCAGUUCUUCAACACAAAAUUAGCUGAGGAUUUGGAUCACUUGAGGAACAACGCUAAUGGGACUCUUGCGCCGGAAGCUCUCCUGGAACAGAAUUUCCUGUACUACGCGUUUUUAGAGCAGCUUCAUCUUCGCCUGGGUAAUAACUCAACACAGCUGAAGCUGGAGUUUACUUGGUACGAUGCAAGUUACACGUCUCAGAGCGCCUCUCAAAAAUACACCCAGCGUACAGUGGCUUUUGAGAAGUCUAGUGUGCUCUAUAACCUGGGCGCUUUAAUGACCCAAGUGGCCAAGGAUAAACUUGAAAGCGACAUCAAGGUAUCAAUCACUUACAUGUCGAAAGCCUUUGGAAUAUUUCAAUACCUGAGCGAGAACUUUCUUAACUCGCCAUCUGUUGACCUCCAAGCUGAAAAUACGUCGCUUCUCGCUGAUAUAUGCCAUGCAGAGGCACAAGAACUUUUCCUGCUCAAAGUGAUAAAUGGUCCAGACGUCACGAAACAUGCGUCUUUAAUUGCUAAGUUGUCUCUUAUGGCGUCCUCCCUUUAUCAGAAAGUUCUCGAUACCCUCAAUGGCAACCCUGAUACUAACACCUCAGAAGUUUCAUAUGGAGAACCGAAGUGGAAGAGUAUCAUCAGUUGCAAGUGUUCUGUUUACAAAAGUAUCUCAGCUUAUAAUAACGCUCUUGCUCUGGAACAAGCUGGAAGAUUCGGGGAUGCAAUAGGGUUUUUGCAAUCGGCCAAUGACUUUAUCAUCUCCGCAAUGGCUCAAAAACUUUACGUGAAAGAUAGUAUUGACCUGGAGUCUAUAAAGUCGUUGAUCGCCGACAAACAGAAGACGCUUGUCAAAGACAAUGAUUUUAUCUACCAUGACAGCGUACCCCCAAGUACCUCGCUGGAGUCGAUAAAAAGCAUGGAUGCUGUAAAAAUGCAGACGCUUCCUCAGCAGCUCGAUACAUAUAUGGAAAAGGUGACAGAACCUGCUGACGCACUGUUCAAGGGAAUAAUUCCAUUGGAGGUGUAUGAGAAGGAGAGUAUUUAUUCUGAACAAAAAGCUGCGCUUUUAAGAAAGGAGCUAGAAGUUGCUGAUACUGCAGACUGGGAAUAUUCUUCUUUCAUAGAGUUCACUACUCUACCCAAGCUACUUCGUGAUCUGCGUGAUACCUAUACUUUGACGGGAAAAAAAAGCUCUAGUGGGAAUCCCCAACUAUCGAUUAUGAGAGACCAGGUUAACUCUUGGUCAAGAUCGGUUCGUUCCAGCCCUUACAACGACGUUGAAGCUCAAAUGAAGCUGAUUAUAGAGAAAAGGAAACGUGUUCUUGAGCUAUUAGCUUUAAGUCCCACUGAAAGCAAAGAAAAUGCCGUGAAACUCAAAUCCUCCCUAGUUGCUGCGUCCAAAUCUGACGAGAAGCUUUUCUCAUUUGUUGAACCUUACAGACAUGAAAUUAAUCUAUUAAGAAACUCUAACACCCUAAUAAAAAAGUGGGAUCAGCUGAGCUCUUUCCAAAGCCAGGAGCCAAGCCUGCUUGAUCUUGAUGAUUCUAAAAACGAGGAAAUUUUAUCAAAGAUUGGGUAUAUAUCCGAGCAACAUGAGAAACUUAAAGUGCUAAAGGAUGAAAGGUCGAGGAUAGUUCAGGACCUGAAACGUGACGUCAAUGAAGACGAUAUCACCAAUGUAAUAAUAAUGAAGCGGGGCGCUUCAGACGCCAAUUUGAAGCAGCUAUUCGAAAAAGAGCUGGAAAAGUUUAAGCCCUUAAGCACAAGGAUAGAGGCGACCAUCUUCAAGCAAAGUAGCAUCAUAAACGCUAUUAAGAUAAGUCUCGAUGAAUUAUUUAAGCUGACAGGGGUCAAUGAGGAUGCUUCAGAAAACGAUCCCAAUUCAUUGGAACGAAACGAAUUGUACAAGAAGUUGAAUCAGGCGUUCACCAGCUUCUCUGUAUUCGCCAACGACCUCCCUAAAGGUCUAAACUUUUAUGAUGCCUUACUCAAGAUGACCUCUGAUUUAGCCUCUUCGCCUUCUGCGAAACGGAGCAUCGACGAAUUGAAGACAGCUCCGUCACUAAGACAAAUGGAGAGUGACUUUGGACAGCUCAGCCUUUCAGAAACAUCAAAUGAAGGUCAGUUUCAUACCCAUGCCGGAGCAGGACUACCGCCUGUUCCGCCCAGGACUUACGGCGGAAAUUCAGGUGCCGGGCUCAACUCGGAAAAUCCUGUUCCGCCGAUCCCACCCAAGAGACAGGUUUACGGUUUAGCCGGUCUUAUGAGUGGCGGCGCGCAAAGCGAUACCCAGGCGCUGGAGCAAAAUCCAACCUCAUUCUACAAUAACCCUUCAGUUUUUGAUGAGAGCUUAUAUUCUCGGUACAGCGGUUGA